CAAAACCUACCAAAAUCUAGUAGCUGUCUCGUGAAGGAGGGGAGAGAGGACUGAGGAGCGGCAAAAAUGGCGAGAGCCGGUGGGAUAACGAACGCCGUAAACGUGGGGAUAGCGGUGCAGGCAGACUGGGAGAACCGCGAAUUCAUCUCUAACAUCUCCCUUAACGUCCGCCGCCUCUUUGACUUCCUCGUCCAAUUCGAGGCGACGACGAAGAGCAAACUGGCGUCGUUGAACGAGAAGCUCGAUACACUGGAGCGUAGAUUAGAACUGCUCGAAGUUCAAGUUAGCACGGCCACGGCUAAUCCUGCUCUGUUUAAUACUUGAUUGAUGAUCGGUGACAUUCUCAUUUCUCACUAGAUUUCUGCUACUUUUUAUCAGUUACCUGUAAGCUACGGGCCACUUCAUUUUCGUACUGUAUGUAACUAUAGUUCUGUGAUCAUACCUGUUGAGCACGAGAUCUAGCUGUUGUCAAUAUUGCAAUUCAUUGAAAUAAAAUUAAUUGUAUCUCUUGGAGGUUUGGACCAUGGGUUCUUUUGGCAUUCAGCAUUUACUGAAAU